GUCGUACACUGAAUGUGCACCCGUUGACGUCGGUGAAUGUCUCCAUGUACUGCGUGUGUUUUCUCCUGGUUCCUUUGAUGGCAAAUGAAGUCUCCUGCAUUGAUGUACUCCUGGGUUCCUCGCUCCGUGCUCUCUCACAGUAGUAACACCGUGACAAUAGAAGCAUGUGCAUGGUCUUGUGCUAAAUCUAGUGAACAAUGUCAUUCCAUGUAUAUCAUUUUUGUUUAGGCUUCAUAUUCUGUGACAGUUCAUCUUACACAAACCAAUAAUCCUGCAGUUUGAGGUGAAUGCAGCGCAAACAUUAAAUGACUAAAGACGGGUUCAACCAGAACAACCUGGUUUUAAUCCCUCCGCCCAGCCUAGUUUUUUGCACAUGUGUGUAAAGAAUAUAAGGCCCGGUUAUGUUCCUGAAAUGAUCCAAUUCAGAGCAGCUCUCACAGACUUCCCAGGGGAACAGCUUUUUCAAAGGUUUAAAAGAUGGCAUUCUUUAAGAAGUUUCUCCAGAAAAUUUGUGAUGAUGACAGCAGCACGGGUUUUAAAGGUGGUCCUGCAGGGACUGCAUACUUUGGAACAGUCAAGGCUGAUUCAAAUUUUAAUGCCCAAAAUGAUGCUGCAAAACUGAAGAAAGCCAUUGAGACCAAAGGUGUGGAUGAAGCCACUAUUGUGGAGUUGAUAGCAAAGAAGAGCAAUGCACAAAGACAACAGAUCAAAGAAGCUUAUCAGCAGAGCACAGGAAAACCUUUGGCAGAUGCACUGAAAAAGGCUUUGAAGUCAGAUUUUGAGGAAGUGGUCUUGGCCUUGCUGAUGACACCCCCUGAAUAUGACGCAUUUGAAAUGAAAAGAUCCAUGAAGGAUCUUGGGACAAAAGAGGCUGUCUUAAGUGAAAUUCUAGGGACCAGAUCAAACAAGGAGAUCACAGCGAUGAAAAUUACUUUUAAAGACGUCUAUGGAAAGCUGCUGGAGGAACAAAUUAAAGGUGAAGUUAGUGGAGAUCUCGAGACUACCCUGCUUGCACUUUGCAAGGCUACCAGGAGUGAAGAUUAUAAUAUUGACGAUGGGCUUGCAAAGAGUGACGCAAAGGUUCUGUUUGAGGCAGGAGAGAAUCGGGUUGGUACUGUUUGCUCUGUCCUAAUUAAUGUCCUCACAUCCAGGAGUGAAGCUCAGUUGUGUAAAAUUUUCCAGUAUUAUGGCAAAUACAGCAAGGAGGGUUUGGCCAAAGCACUGGAGAGUGAGCUUCAUGGAAACCUUGAAGACUGUCUGAUGACCCUGGUGAAGUCUGCUUGGAACAAACCUGCCUUCUUUGCAGAAAGCCUCCAUCUGGCUAUGAAGGGGUUAGGAACCAACACUGAUACACUGACUAGAAUCAUUGUGAGUCGUUCAGAAAUUGACCUGCUGAAAAUCAUUCAAGAAUUUAAGAGGAUGUAUGGCAAAACCCUUCAGGAGGCUAUUCUGAAGGAAACAAGUGGAGAUUAUGAGAAGAUUCUGCUGGCUCUCUGUGGCACUCAAUAAUCAUCUCUUACAUGUCUGAAUUAUGUGAAAAACAUCUGCAAAUUCAUUGCAUUGUUAUAUUACCUACCCAUGUCAGCACAACUUAAUCCCACAUAGUUGGUUUAUGAAAACUGUUUCAUUUAAAUUUGGAAAAAAGUCAGUCAUUGUGCACACUGUAAGUGUUAUUGUCAGUAUAAUAUUCCUAGCUACAACUUCAACUACUAUUUUCAUAGUAGAAAUCCAAGUGCUUAUUACAGUUUAUUACAACUGUAUAUUAUUAUUGUUGUUGUAACAAAUCACUAUGUAAUCCUGGCAAUAUUUUACAUUGCGAUGAGCAUAUCGGUUAGCAGUAUGUGAGAACUGUGACUUUAUCUGUGUUUCUAUUCUCAUAAUCAAAGAGACAAAUUCCACAACCAAUAAACUUCAGUUUAAAGCAUCUGCAUCUUAUGCAUUAUCUAGUGAACAAUAUCAUUGCAUAUGCAAGUUUCAAUGUAAGGUUUGUUUUGUGUUAGGUCUAGACUACAACUUGGGGUGAGCACAGCAAACACAUUAAAUGAUAGAUUAUCACAAGCUUUACAGACAGGUACAA